CCUGCCCUUCCUCCUCCUCCUCCUCCUCCUCCUCCUCCUCUUCCUCCUCCUCCACCAGGCAGCCAAUCCCAGCUGAGACAAGGCGCUGUCAUAGCCCCUCUCCCCCUUCCACCCCCAAACUCAUCUUGGCAGGGACCAAAGGGCUGGUGAUGCAGCCGCCAGGAGGAUGAGGAGGAGGAAGGCUCGGUAGCAGCACCGAGGAGGAAGAGGAGGGAGGCGGUGAAGAGGAGGAGGAAGAGGAAGAUGCCUGGAACCCUAGGGAGGUAACAGGGUCCUGGCAGCCUUGCUCUCCCAGCUGCGAGGAGGAAGAGGAGGAAGAUGGUGGUGAAGAUAAUGAAGAUGCCUGGGCGCCUGGGGAGGUAAUUGGGCAUCAGCCCUGCUGCUUUCUUGCCCGUUCCCCCCACCCAUUAAGCUGUGAGGAAGAGGAAGGGGAGGAAGACAGCGGUGAGGAUGGUGGAGAUGUUCAGUUGCGUAGGGAGGUAACUGAGCACCAGUUCAAUUGCAAUUCAGCUGUGAAGAAGAGGAAGAAGGAACCUUAGAAUUGGAAGAGACCAGAAGUGGUGAUGAUGAAGAUGAAGAUACGCAGGUGCCUUGGGAGGUAAUUGGGCAUCUGUUAUUGGACUGUGUUAUUGUGAAGAGGAAGAGGAAGGAAAAGAACGGGAAGAGACCACAGCAGGAAGAAGAAGGUGAUGAGGAUGAAGGAGAAGAUGGCCGGGCACUCGGGGAGGUAACCAAAGAGGUACCAGGCGUUUUGCUCUCUGGGGAAGAGGAAGAGGAAGACGGGGAAGGCUCUGUGCUCUGUGGUCCAUUGUUUCCGGCAUCCUCCCCCUCAGAGAGAGACACACACACAGAGAGAAGAUGCACAAGCACCACCACUGCUGCCGCUGCCCGGAGUGCUACGAGGUGACGCGCAUGGCGGCCCUGCGGAGGAUGGAGCCCCCCAGUUACGGCGAGUGGCAGCAGCAAGAGGCCUACAGCGGCGGCGGCAGCGGAGGGGGCGGUGGAGGGGGCGGCUACGGGGGCUACGGCUCGCAGACCCUGCCCUCCCAGGGGGGCUCCGGGGGCAUCCUCAACGCGGGGGGCUCGGCCACCCCCACGGCCCGCACCAAGGGCAAGCUCAUCCCCACCUCCCGGGACAACGUGCCCCCGCCGCCCGCGCCCCCCAAGCAGAGCCAGGCGAAAGGAUGCCCUGGGGCAGGGCCCGGAGGCGGAGGCGGCACCUGUGGCACCCCCAAAAUGAACGGCAGCGGAGGCGGACCCGGAUGGUGGCCCGAAUGCACCUGCUCUAACCGGGACUGGUACGAACAGGCCAGUCCCUCGCCCAUCAUUGUCAACACGGACACUUUGGAGCCCGCCCUCUCCGUGAAUGGCAGCGACGGCAUGUUCAAGUACGAAGAGAUCAUCCUGGAACGGGGCAACUCCGGCCUCGGGUUCAGCAUCGCGGGGGGCAUCGAUAACCCUCACAUCCCAGACGACCCCGGCAUCUUCAUCACCAAGAUCAUCCCCGGCGGAGCAGCCGCCAUGGAUGGGAGGCUGGGGGUGAAUGACUGUGUCCUGCGGGUCAACGAAGUGGACGUCUCGGAAGUGGUUCACAGCAAAGCCGUGGAGGCCCUGAAGGAAGCCGGGCCGGUGGUGCGUCUCCUGGUGCGGCGAAGGCAGCCCCCGCCGGAGACCAUCAUGGAGGUCAACCUCAUGAAGGGACCCAAAGGACUGGGCUUCAGCAUCGCAGGGGGCAUCGGGAACCAGCACAUCCCUGGAGACAACAGCAUCUACAUCACCAAGAUCAUCGAAGGUGGGGCAGCCCAGAAGGACGGGCGCCUGCAAAUUGGGGACCGACUGCUAGCGGUGAACAACACCAACCUGCAGGACGUCCGGCACGAAGAGGCUGUGGCCGCCCUGAAGAACACCUCCGACAUGGUGUACCUGAAGGUGGCCAAGCCGGGCAGUGCCCACCUCAACGACAUCUACGCCCCGCCCGACUACGCCAGCACCUUCUCCGCCUUGGCCGACAACCACAUAAGCCAUAACCCUGGCCUGGGCUACCUGGGCGGCUUGGAGCCCAAGCCCGCCUACCCGCCUCCACCGCAGGUCACGCCGGCCCGCUACUCGCCCAUCCCGCGGCACCUGAUGGGGGACGAGGACUUCACCAGGGAGCCCCGGAAGAUCACCUUGCACAAGGGCUCCACCGGUUUGGGCUUCAACAUCGUGGGCGGCGAGGACGGCGAGGGCAUCUUCGUCUCGUUCAUCCUGGCCGGAGGGCCGGCUGACCUGAGUGGGGAGCUGCGGCGCGGAGACCGCAUCCUUUCGGUGAACGGUGUCAACCUCCGGAAUGCGACCCACGAACAGGCAGCCGCGGCGCUGAAGCGGGCCGGCCAGACGGUCACCAUCGUGGCCCAGUAUCGGCCGGAAGAGUACAGCCGUUUUGAAUCCAAGAUCCAUGAUCUCAGAGAACAAAUGAUGAACAGCAGCAUGAGUUCAGGAUCUGGCUCUCUUCGGACAAGUGAAAAGCGGUCUCUCUAUGUGCGGGCCCUCUUUGACUAUGACCGGACUCGGGACAGCUGCCUGCCCAGCCAAGGGCUGAGCUUCUCUUACGGAGACAUCCUCCAUGUCAUCAAUGCCUCGGACGACGAGUGGUGGCAGGCGAGGCUGGUCACCCCUCACGGAGAGAGCGAGCAGAUUGGGGUCAUUCCCAGCAAGAAGAGAGUGGAGAAGAAAGAACGGGCGCGAUUGAAAACGGUGAAGUUCCAUGCCCGAACUGGGAUGAUAGAGUCCAACCGGUCGAUCAAAACGAAACGUAAAAAGAGUUUCCGCCUCUCCCGAAAAUUCCCAUUUUACAAGAGCAAAGAGAACAUGGCCCAGGAGAGCAGCGGACAGGAACAGGGAGUGACAUCCAACACCAGUGACAGCGAGAGCAGUUCCAAAGGACAAGAGGACACCAUUCUGUCAUAUGAACCCGUGACACGACAAGAAAUUCACUAUGCGCGGCCGGUGAUAGUCCUGGGACCCAUGAAGGAUCGCGUCAACGAUGACCUCAUCUCAGAGUUCCCACACAAAUUUGGUUCCUGCGUGCCCCACACGACCAGGCCCCGGCGUGAGAACGAGGUCGAUGGGCAAGACUACCACUUUGUGGCAUCCCGGGAGCAGAUGGAGAAGGACAUCCAAGACAGCAAGUUUAUAGAGGCUGGGCAGUUCAACGACAACCUCUACGGGACCAGUAUCCAAUCUGUGCGAGCAGUAGCCGAGCGGGGGAAGCACUGCAUCCUUGAUGUGUCUGGGAACGCGAUCAAGAGGCUGCAGCAAGCGCAACUGUUCCCCAUUGCAAUUUUCAUCAAGCCCAAAUCUAUUGAGGCGCUGAUGGAGAUGAACCGGCGGCAGACGUAUGAGCAAGCGAACAAGGUCUUUGACAAAGCCAUGAAGUUGGAGCAGGAGUUUGGAGAGUAUUUUACAGCCAUUGUCCAAGGAGACUCUCUGGAGGAGAUAUACAGCAAAAUCAAACAGAUCAUCGAGGAUCAGUCUGGGCAUUACAUCUGGGUCCCGUCCCCUGAGAAAUUGUGAAGCCCCCCUCCUUCCCUGACCCCAGCAUCCACUUAUGAAAAGAAGAAGAUGAUCAGAGACCCUUCCCCUUGCCCUCUGCCCCGAGCGGGGAGCCAGAAGACCACCCCUCUCCCUUUUUUAGAUGGUUGACAAUUGCGUUUUCUAGUCCUGUUUUUCCUUCUUCCUUUCUUUCUCUGGGUGGACACAGUCUCCUCCAUCAAGCGACUGUCCCCGCCAAUCCUGCAUGGACCUUCCUGCUGCUCCCUUAGAAAAGGAGACAACCCCCUCCCCCUUUUGAGAGUUUUGUGUUUUUUUAAUUUAAGAAGAAAAGAAAAUUAACAAACAACAAUCAGAAGUCAGGCGGGAGGUGACAGAUCAUGACUGGCCUGAAGACUCAGAUAAUGACUGCCCUGGAACCCUACCAAGGACUGGCAGCCCUCAGAGUGCAGGGAUUGCCCAGCACUGUGACUGAAGGAAAGGCAACAGAAUGCAUUUAUUUAUCUAUGUAUGUAGUUAUAUAUAAUAUAUAUACUAUAUAUAUUAUAUAUAUAUUAUGUGUGUGUGUAUAUGGACUAGAAAAUCUGAGGGGGGCUGCUUAAGUGGUACUUUGUGAGUGCAAGACAUGUAUUGCUGCCGUGCCUCAGCCGCUGGGCCCAGAAGGCUCUUGCGGCUGGCACAAACCCAAUGGUACCGAGUUGCGUUUUUUGGGCACCGAGUGGUGCUUUUUCCAAAGCCAAUUCUGUGGAAACUGCGGACGAAGCCGAGGGCCCGGAACCACAUCUGAAGUUACGAUGCUUGAUCUCAGCACAGAAAGCGAAUGGAUAAUACUACAUAUUAAUUGCACAUUAUUUUAUUUUUUUGUCACCUGAUGUGUUUGCAUGAGGUUUCCUUCUUCCUUCCUUUUUUUUAAGCUGGUGUUAAACCAAAAUCAUAUUUGUGUUGGUGUGUUGGCUUUUCAUGAUUUCAGGCUUUUGGUUUUAAUAACGAACUGAACGGGUAUACAACCAAGUUUUUUUAACUUAUUUUUUAAGAACGUUCCAUUGUAAAUAGAUUCUAGGUCCAGGCCCAACCUAUGGACUGUGGGGAAUGAGUGCACCGGCUUGCAAUUGAGAGGUUUCGUAGCUUUGGCAUCUCAUUCUGCUGGAAGAAGAUGAGCUCCGUGCUGGGAGCAGCUGGGAGGGCAGCAACCGAGGAAGAGAAGAGGCGAACAGGAGAACCUGUGUCUUUGGAGGUCACAGUAUUUCAAGCGCAUGACGGAAUUUAGGACAAGUGUCUCUGGGAAUCCUUUCCUUUGCAGAAUUUUGUCAAGUUCAACACUUGAAGCCCUUGCCAGCCAAACGUUCUGCAAAGAGAGGGGCCGGGCCUCCCUCUCCAAUGUUCUUGCAGGAGGAAUGCAGGAGGCUCUACUGCUUUGAGGCACAGACUGUUAGUCUUCCAAGGACUGAGGCGGCUGCUUCGCUGGAGCCUUGGGAUGUGUGCUCAUCUUAGCAACGUACCUUAACGGUGUGGCUGCAGAGUUUCUUGUUUUGUUGUUGAACAAGAGAGUUACGUGGGACUGAGAAGAAACCAGGGAGAAGGCUUACAGCACCCCCCAAUCCGGGGCAGGCCCUUGCCUCUCGGCCCAAGGGGAAGGUUGGCUGACUUCCCGGGGCUUGUUAUCCUCGUUGCUCCUUUGAAAGAGGCAGUGUUGCUCAAUCCGGUUUCUUUGGAGUGAGAGCCAAGGCUGUUUUGGGAAGAGACCCAGAAGAAUAUGGACUCUGCUUGUAUCAGGGUGGUGCUGCCCACUCUGUCGCUGGUAGGUAGCUGUGUCAUUCAUUAUGUGAUUUGUGCACGGGCUUCGUUGUUAAACAUGGGUGAAAAAACUGUCCUCUUGCGGAGAUUCGUGCUGGUAAGCAAGAAGCCAUUUCCACACUGUCCGCGUCAGGCAGACCUUUCCUGCAACCAGAGCUGCUGCUGUUUGCUGGCAGGACUAUGAAGAAGGAUGAGGAGACAGACGUGGGAGCCAGUGAUGCCCCAGAGAGUUGGGGGGGGGGUCUCUGGCAGAGGAGGGCCUCUGUUGGGGGGCAGCCACCGACUUCCUCUUGCCGGCCCCUGGCUCUGACCCCUUUUCUUUUCUAAUAGCCUGCCACCUUGUCUUCUAGACCAUGGAGAAACAAAACGGUCUAUGUGCUCUGUGGCAUAGCGGAAAGUAUCGAUCAUGACACUAGUGGGUUUACCAGUGUUUCUUCCAAGGAGACAUAUAUUUUUAAUAAACAGAACGUUGCAAUGAA